UGAAACUUCAAACUUCAAACACUUUUUUUUCUUGAAACCAAAUCCAAAUACUUCAAACUGAGUACCAUUAUAACGAAUUUUAUGUUUUUAUUUUAUUUUAUUUAAAUUUAAAUUGAAAAAAAAAAAAAAAAAAAACAUCGACUGACCAAAAGACUCUUCUCAUAACUUUCAUUCCUUAUCCCCUAUUUUCUCUCCAUUUUAACAUUAAAUUAAUAUUUUUAUUACAAUACAUUUCCAAACUCCCUCUUUUCUUCAGCGUGUCAAAAACCCCCCAACUUUCUCUCUCUUCCAUUUCUACUCCCCUGCUUCUCCACCACCACCAUAACCAGAACCUUCUUCUAAUCUUCUUCAACACUCAAACCUCGAAUUUCUAGGGUUUCAAUUUUCCAAAUAUAUCAACUAUGGAGAGUUUGAUUGGACUCGUCAACCGAAUUCAACGAGCUUGUACUGUUCUCGGUGACCAUGGCGGUGGUGACUCCUCUUUCUCUUCUCUCUGGGAAGCUCUUCCUUCUGUCGCCGUCGUCGGUGGUCAGAGUUCUGGAAAAUCUUCUGUUCUUGAGAGUAUUGUUGGCCGUGAUUUUCUUCCUAGAGGAUCAGGAAUUGUGACGAGACGGCCAUUGGUGUUGCAAUUGCAUAAGACAGAGGAUGGAUCGAAAGAAUAUGCUGAGUUUUUGCACUUGCCGAAGCGUCAGUUCAGUGAUUUUGCCCUUGUUCGCAAGGAGAUUCAAGAUGAAACUGAUCGAGUAACAGGAAAGUCGAAAAUGAUAUCACCCGUUCCCAUUCACCUCAGCAUUUAUUCACCUAAUGUUGUCAACUUGACCCUCAUUGAUUUGCCUGGUUUGACAAAGGUUGCUGUAGAGGGUCAGCCUGAGAGUAUCGUCCAAGACAUUGAGGACAUGGUUCGAACAUAUGUUGAAAAGCCCAAUUGUAUUAUUCUGGCAAUAUCACCAGCAAAUCAAGAUAUAGCAACAUCAGAUGCCAUGAAGCUUGCUAAAGAAGUGGAUCCCCAUGGUGAUCGAACCUUUGGUGUUCUAACAAAGUUGGAUCUGAUGGAUAAAGGGACGAAUGCCUUGGAAGUUCUUGAAGGAAGAUCUUAUCGACUUCAACGCCCCUGGGUGGGUGUAGUGAAUCGUUCACAGGCAGAUAUCAAUAGAAAUGCUGAUAUGAUGGCUGCAAGGCACAAGGAGCGCGAGUACUUUGCUACCAGCCCUGACUACUCAUAUUUAGUUAGUAGAAUGGGGUCUGAGUAUCUUGCAAAAAUGCUUUCUCAGCAUUUGGAGUCAGUAAUUAGGGCCCGUAUCCCGAGUAUAAUUUCAUUGAUAAACAAAAAUAUUGAUGAAUUAGAAGCAGAAUUGGAUCGUCUUGGUCGACCUGUGGGUGUUGAUGCUGGGGCCCAGUUAUACACUAUCUUGGAACUUUGCCGUGCAUUUGAUAAGAUAUUCAAGGAGCAUCUAGAUGGAGGGCGUCCUGGCGGUGAUCGAAUAUAUGGUGUUUUUGACCAUCAGCUCCCUGCUGCUUUGAAAAAGCUGCCUUUUGAUCGAUAUUUGUGUCUACCGAAUGUUAAGAAGGUGGUCUCCGAGGCUGAUGGUUACCAACCUCAUCUCAUAGCCCCUGAGCAAGGUUAUCGGCGUUUGAUUGAUGGUGCUUUAAAUUAUUUCAGAGGCCCUGCUGAAGCUUCCGUUGAUGCUGUUCACUUGGUAUUAAAGGAACUUGUAAGGAAAUCAAUUUCAGAAACUCAGGAACUUAAGCGCUUCCCUUCCUUGCAAGCUGAACUAGGUGCAGCUUGUUAUGUGUCAUUAGAGAGAUUCCGUGAUGAAAGUAAGAAGACAGUCAUUAGGUUAGUGGACAUGGAAUCUGCAUACUUGACUGUGGAUUUCUUCCGCAAACUUCCUCAGGAAAUGGAGGAGAAGAAAGGGGCAAAUCCGGUAGCCCCAAAUGUAGAUCGAUAUAAUGAGGGGCAUUUUAGAAGAAUAGCAUCAAAUGUUUCAUCGUAUAUAAAUAUGAUAUCGGAUACACUUAAAAACACCAUCCCCAAGGCGGCUGUUCAUUGUCAGGUCAGGGAAGCUAAACACUCAUUGCUGAAUCUCUUUUACACGCAAGUUGGCAAGAGAGAGGCUAAGCAGCUUGGACAGAUGCUUGAUGAAGAUCCAACAUUGAUGGAGAGGAGACAAAAAUGUGCCAAGAGGCUUGAAUUAUACAAGGCCGCAAGGGAUGAGAUUGAGUCCGUAUCAUGGGCUCGAUGAUAGUGUUCGCGUUUGUUCCAUUUAAAAUAUAUAUAUAAGUUUUGUAUCAUAGCCCCUACUAUUUUUAGUAUAUGUCUGACUUGAGGUUUAAGCUAAUUAUUGCCUUUUGGUCUUUGGGAAUUAUUUUGCCUGCAUCACUGGAGCAGGUUAUUAGAUCAAUGUUCCGACGGCAUGGCAUAAACAUGUUUGUCUUGUAAAUGUCAGUCCAACAGAAGCAUAUGUGCAGUUGUUUUUUCUACU